AUGCCGCCCAGGGCUUGUGAUGCUUGCAAGCGACGCAAGGUCAAAUGCAACGGAACGCAACCAUGCGGAACAUGUUGCGUUUCCAACAUCGCCUGUCAGUAUACCAUUGUGCCGAGAAAACGAGGGCCCAAAGUUGCGCGCUUACCCGAGAGCCUUCAACAUUCGUCACGACAAAUGGUCAGUGAAGGUGGUAUUCGGAGUCAUCUUUUCCGGGAGGAUCACAGUCAAGGUCAGCCUAGUACGCCAUCAACCGCAGAUCUUCAAUCAGGAUACAGUCCUCGAGAAUGGCCCUCACCGGGCGUUCCCGUUUUUUCACCAGGCUCAGACGCCAGCAACCUAUCACAGCCAUUUGGGUCCAAUCCACAGAUGAUCUGGGAGAUGCUUGUUAGCAGAGUCAAUUACGUUCUAUCAUCAGUCUCCAUUCUCGACGUUGUGGACUCCUGCAUCGACAUCUACAUGCAAUAUGGCUUCCCAUGCUGCCCGAUUGUUCACGAGAAGAGCCUUCGGGAAUCCAACGUGGAACUCUUCUCAGCACAGUCCAGUUCAUCCAUGUUUAGUACUGGUAAUGAGCAGCAACUUGUGCGUUGCAUGAGGGCUUUCGCUAGCCUAACAGCGGUAUGUGCAGCUGUUUCCGCCAUGAUGCCUCAAACGCUACUCCCAUAUCGCCACUUGGUAGUCCAGCCAUUUCUACGGGCAUCGAGAGAUAUGCUCUAUAUUUACGAAGACUACGAUUUGGAGCAUCCCGACUCAAGCUCACUGAUUAUAAGAAUGUGUCACUCGACCGCUCUUCAGCAUACCACAGGGAAGACAGGAGCAGCGUGGAGCAUCUUCAGCCAGGCUGCACUCCUCGCACAACGCAUGCGCCUCUACGAUGAGCGAGACGUCAGGCGGAGCGACCCCAUCGAGAUGCAAUUGCUGCGAUUUCGGUUCUGGCAUCUCUACGUAUCAGAUCAAGCGGCUUCUUUGAUGCGCAAUAGAGUUUUUGUGCUGCAAGAAUCCCUCUUUGACGGGGACAUGACCCUGGAUCCAUUUGGAGAAGGAGGACCAGGAUUAUUUGACAAGACUCAACUCAGGUAUCAAGACCCGUUUGAGGAGCGCGCAUUCUCGGGUUAUCACUUGACAAGGCGCCUUUGGGCAUCGGCAGCUGGGUUGAUGGCUUCAAUGCGCAAGUACGCUCGUCAAGAAACCCAUUACGAGCCAGAUGCAAAAAGACAAAAGAAGAUGAAAAUGACAGGACAGUUCUUGGAAUUCACGAGCAUGGUCGAUGAACUCCCCCCAUGGCUUGAGUCUCCCGACACAUUUGAGUUUUCUCAAGACAAAGACGUGCUUGCGUUUCAGAGGACCUUUUUCUCAGUCCAGCGCAGCAACCUCAUGUUGGGGCUUCACUGCUUUCACCUUGUCCUUCUCCAGCAGGCUAUUGAGUAUGGGUUGUCCGAGAUCAUGGGCCUACAUGAUCAAGAUCUCACGCUAGCCAUGAAAAAGACGGAGAUUAUCCAUGAGUUUCUCGUCGAAGUAAACAGGGUCCCUCUUCUCUGCCUUCGGGUUCAAGGAGAGCCAACUGUCGAACGGUUUCGAAGGGUCGGAAGUGCUCUGCUUGAAGUUAUUCAGAACGUCGACAAUGAAACAAUCAGGACACGAUCAAGGUCGUACUUGACGCAACUCCUUGAUACGCUGUCGAGACUGGAUUCCAAAGCUUCAGAUGAGCUCAACAGCGAGCAACUGACAUAG